AAUUAACUACAGCUGAUUACAAAAUUUUUAUAUUUGUACAUCUAGUGAAUUCUCUGUUUUAAGAUUUUAACUAAUAUUUUGUUAUUGAAAAUAAAAAUUACGAAAAGUGCUUUAUUAACCUAAAAUGGAAACACGCCAUUAUAUAGAAUUGUCCAAAUGUCCGAUUCGAUUCGACGCAGCCAGCCAGUUAACAAAUGUAUUUUUCGACGACUCAAAUUGCCAGAUUUUUGCUGUUCGUAGUGGUGGGGCAACUGGUGUGAUAGUUAAGGGCCCAACAGAGGAAUCAGUCAUAUCAUUUUGUAUGAAUGAUCGCGGUACUAUACGUUCCAUUAAAUUUUCGCCAGACAACAAAAUUUUGGCAGUACAACGUCGAGAAAAUGCCGUUGAAUUCAUCUGCUUUCAAGGCGACCAGCCAUUACUACAGGAAAGUAUUGUACAUCAGGUUAAAGCGCUCGUAUAUGGUUUCGUAUGGGUUCAUACACGCGAAGUUGCCAUAAUCUCCAAUAGUAGCAUCGAGAUAUUCACUGUAUUGCCAGAAAAGCGUCAAUUGCGUGGCGUAAAAUCAUUGAAUAUCGGUAUCAAAUGGUUUGCAUGGUGUACUGUAUCGAAUAUUGCACUUAUUUGUUCAACGGAUAACAACGCUUUAGUGCCAAUCUUAAUAAAACAGAGAUCUAUAACUAAGCUGCCAAAACUGGAAAUGGCCAACACUAAUAAUGAAGUGCAGGAGAGUAAAGUAACGCUGGGGCAGGUAUAUGGUACAAUGGCAGUGUUUCUCUUACAAGCAAACACUGAAGGUAUGAUGGAAGUCGAAGUAUAUCUGCUUAAUGGACCCGGCUUAGCACCUCGUAAAUGUCAUGUGCUUAGACUUGGUCAUGUUGGACGAUUUGCAAUCAAUACAGUGGAUAACUUAAUAGUUGUACAUCAUCAGGCUUCGGCUACAUCACUUUUAUUUGACAUUGCUUUAACUGGUGAACAAGCAAAUGGUAUCACAUAUCACACUCCCAUUACGCCAGGACGAUCGAUUCGACCUUUUGCGCUGAAAUUGCCAAGCUUAUCGCCAGACGGACAAACAAUGCAAUGCGAAUUGUAUUCUAUGCAUUGGGUGCUAUUUCAGCCGAAUAUUGUAAUCGAUGCCAAGCUCGGUUGUAUGUGGUAUUUAAAUCUUAACGUAGAACAACUUUGCACACUCAUUUCUGAUCGCAUACGGCUCACAGAGUUCUUACUACAGCGUACAAAUGGCAAACAAGCACUUUUAAAAAUGCUGCACCAAAUGGUAGACGAACAGUACAAAGGUACACUAUUGCCGGUACUGGAAACCAUUUUUAAUAAGAUCAAUAAGGUUUAUGCUUCAUGGGUACAAUUGGAACUCCAAACGCAAACUGCCCAACCAUCAAAUGUUAAAACAACUGUAAAACUGCCACCAGCUCCAAAAGUGCUUAUUGAACAGCAGGACAUGUUCACAUACGUCUUCCAACCCAUAAGUGAGCAUGCAAAUGCCGAAACGAUUUUAAUUCUAUAUUUAUACUCGUUGAACAAACAUAAUAUCGCUGCGCAGGAGGAUCUUAGUAAGAUGAUUAUAAGUGAACUUAUACGCAAUCGCAGCUUUGAUACAUUGCGGCAUUUAGUCAGCUACUCGCUAUUGUUGGAAUCAAAACCAAUUGCUUGCUUUUUGCUUUCACAUUCCAAUGUUGAUGCGGCUAUUUCACAAAUUGCACUCGACAUGUUGAGUAAGAUCGAAGCGCAUGAUAUAAUAAUCGAGGUGCUCUUGGGACAGGGUAAAGUAUUGGAUGCCUUACGUUUGGCACGCAAUUCGAUGAACAGUGACACCAUAUCGGCACGCAAAUUCCUAGAAGCUGCACAAAAGGCUAAGGAUGCUUUGGUAUUUCACAGCGUUUUCAAAUACUUCCAAUUGCGAAAUCUACGCCAACGUGGCACAAUGGACUUCUUGAAAUCCGAGCAAUGUGCUGAAUUUGUGCAAUACUAUAGCAAUUUAUAUCCAAAAGAGCUAUCAGCGUAAUGUUAAACGUUUUUCGCAUUUCAAAACACAAAUAGUUCAUUUUAUGUAAAUAAUUAUAUUUAACUACAUUCGGUUUGUGUUUUAAUUAAUUAAUUGAUAGUUCAGUUACAGUAUUGUAUAUAUAAUUUCAUUUCAAAUGCAAUACAAGCAUUUUUCGAAUAAUUUCGAUUAUUAUUAUUAUUAUCGUACAUACAUACACACGUAUUAAAGCUUAAACAAAACUUACAAUGUAUUUUUGUGACUUAUACAACUUAUGAUAACAUAUUUGAAAAAUUAUAGUUUGCAGUAAGUAAUUAGUUAGCAAGGAAUACUGUUGGCUUAAUAAUGCGCAGAACAAAUACCGAGUGCUGUGAAAAGUGAUUAAUUGAAUAACAAAUGCUUUUAUCUAUGUUGCUAUAAUUAUUUCUUCAAAAACAAAAACAAAUCAACUAAUCAGUAUAAGAUACUGAAUCACUUUCAUUUUAUACACAAUUUUUUUUUCACAUAACCUAUAACAUUCGCUUAAUGAAAAUUAGGAUGAAAGGAAACAAUAUGAAAAACAGUAAUACAAAAAACCAAGUUAUUGUUUGAGAUGAAAUCUACAACAUAAAACAAAUAAGAUUUUGCCUUUUGGGCUCAAUAUGUAUAUGCUAAUUAAAUAACUUUUACUUUAAUUUUGCUGAAAUGUAUUGGAUUUGCUUAUGUAUGGAAAUUAAUUUAAUUUUAAGGUACGGAAAUCUGAGGAAAUCCCUUGCAUAUUGUGCCUAUAAAAAUAUUUGAUCUUUUUAUUCGAUUUAAUUUAAUUUAACUUGCAAAAAUUUAUGAUUAUUAUAAUUAUUUUCUAAACAAAAUUUCCAGGCUAAUGUCCAAUAAUUUCCAGAUCAAUUUCCAAUUACUUCAGAUGAAAAAUUAUUUAAAUAAUCAAUAGUAGCAAAACAGAUACAGAGUUAUUUAUAACGAACCACUACAGGAUUGCAUAUUUAACUUUCCACAUUGUUCUUUAAAUAAUCAA